AUGGACGAAUUCGUGGAACAGAGGGCCGCCAAUGGGGAGGUCCACAAUUGGCCUCGGUCGGUGGUCUAUUGCGUGGGCGAGCUGGCCACCAUGAUCCGUGACGCUGCCCGCGCCAUGGCCGCCCUCCCCGCCUACGCCCACCACCUUGCUCAGGUGGUGGAGGACCUGUGCCUGUCGUUCCAGCGCCGCUGUACGGUGGCGUACGAGGACGCCACGGAGAGCUCCCUAGCGGCCCGCAUCGUCUCCAAUUCCCUGGCGAGGAAGAACGCCGCCAAGAAGAAAAGGCACAACCACGCCGAAUCCGAGGCCGAUCCUCUCUCCCCGGAUGACACCAAGCCCCUCUCGCUCGCCUCGGAGGCGUCGCGGGAGAUCACGCUGGCCGUGGCAGCUGGGCAGCAGGAAGCCUCCGGACUCCUCCUCACCGUGGAGACCAUCAUUCCCCUCUGGCACCACGUGCUCAACAUCUUCGCCGGGGUGAAUGCCAUGAAGUCACCGGAGCUGCAGGCUGCCGGGAUUGGCGUGGUCACGUCGGUGGCCGACAUGCUGCUCCUGGCCGAAACGGAAGCUCCCCACGCUGCCCUCACCGACCCGUCGCGCCCCCGCCCGCUCGAGCUGCUCGAUGUCUUCGGCCCGUGGCUGUUCGCCGCCUGCCAGCUCUCCGAGGCGUUCGUGGUGGGCAAGGCGCUGGCGUACGGCACGCUGUGCCGACUGGUGUGUCGGCGGACAGAGGCGGCGCCCGGGAGCUGGCUGCUGGGCCACUUCUACCGCCUGCUGCGCGACGGGCUGGUGGCCCGGACGGACAUGCGGUGCGCCUACGCCAUCCUCCUCAACUCGUCCCUCCUCUUCGCCCUCGCCCUCGACGGCGCCUCCGUCCUCAUUCCCCACUACCUCGCCACCAUCCGCCACCUCAUCGUGGACGCUUCCGCGUGCACCCCGCCUCCUGACGAGGACAUCAAGCAGAGAGCGCUCUCCCUGGUGUGCUCCCUCGUCUCCGUGGGCAGCCAUCUGGACGGCCUCGACAUCGUCACCCGCAACUCCGCUCCCUACAUGGUGGCCCAGGCUCGAUCGGAGGUGGCGGACAUCCUGCGUAGGGCUCUCGCCCGCGAGAAAAGUGACGAGCUCAAGGCAAUGUGCGUGUGGGGCCUCUGUGUUCUGCUGUUCGAUGAGCUGCAUCGACCCCAGCCUGAGCAGGCAGCAGUCCUCCAGUGGCUCGAGGACCUCCUCCACGCCCUUGCCUCCCCCGACUCGAGCUACCCUGUCCUCCAGGCGGUGGUGGAUGCCCUGUCGUCCCUCUCCCUGGUGCUGGAUCGCCUCGCCGCCCUCGGCCAGUCGGUAACGUCUCUGGUGGUGACAAGCCUGGCCUCGCACGCCCUCGACCAGAUCGCUGCCAUCGGGCAGGGCCGCGCCAAGCCUUCCGCCGAGGGGAGCGUUGUGCGGGAGGUGGAAUGCGUGGUGGAUUGGGUGAUGGCGGCGGCGGGCGCCCACGUGCUGCAGGUGCUGGUGAGCGACGCAGGCCUCAUGCAGCACAUCCACGCUCUCCUCGAGGCCGGCGUGGCGGGCGCGCACGGGAGUGCGCCCAUCCGAGAUGCGACGGAGGCUGCCCUGUACAAGCUGGUCAACCACGCCGGCAACUUUCCGCCUCGCUCCGGCAUUGCCGUCCUCACGUCGCAGCUCUCCGAGACUGACGACCAGCCGCCGGGCGCCGCCGCCCCCGACCUGGCCAAGCAGCUGUUCUUCCUCUACAACCAGUCCUCCCUCGUCUCCCUCGUGCAGCCGCCCCCCUCCGCCACGCACCUCUUGCGGCCCGCCACCGACACACAGCCGCGCGAGGGCGAAGGCGAAGGCGAAGGCGAGAAGAGUUGGGGUGCGGCGAGGGUAGCGCGGGUGAUGGUGCGGGAUGCCACGGGCAAGUACGCCUGGGACGCCGUGCCUGCCUAUGCUCCUGCCGCCGCCACCGCCGCCUUCCGCCGCCCCUCGCUCGCCCCUCCCACCGACGGUCCCAGGGCAACGCAAGAGAGUACUGGGGCCGCCACCCCCGCCCCCGUAUCUCCCGCAGCAGCUCCGGAGGGUACCGCCGCCGCCGCCGACAAGCUCCACGCGAAGCUAUCCACACGCCCGCCGAUCGGCCAUCCCUCUCCGCUGCCUCUGUGCCUUCCCGGCCCAAGCACGCCGCCGCCGUCGGCCCCGGGUGUCGUUGAUGAGGACGUCGACGGAGCACGUUUCACUCUGCUGGAAAACACCGACAAGUUCCGCCGCAGCGUUUCGCAACUGGACAAGUCGGCCGAGCGGGAGCUGCAGAAGAUCGGGGUCAUCUACGUCAAGCGGGGGCAGGAGGACCAGAACACGAUUCUCCGCAACGACAAGGCGUCUCGUUCGCCCCUGUUCUCCGAAUUCAUCCACGCCCUCGGGUGGACCGUCCCCGUGGCCAACCACCUGGGCUACACUGGCGGGCUCGAUCGCCUCAACCGAACCACAGAGCAGAAGCGGCACGUGGGCAACGACAUCGUGCACAUCGUAUACAGCGAACAUGCGCGCGACUACCAUCCGGUGACGAUCACGUCGCAGUUCAAUGAUGCACACGUGGUGGUCUAUCCGCUGCCGGAUGGCCUGUUCCGCGUGCAGGUGUUCCGCAAGCCUGGGGUGGGCCUCUUUGGGCCUCUCAUCGAUGGGAUGGUGGUGCGCAAGGAGCUGGUGGGCCAGCUCGUCCGCCAGACGGCCAUGAACGCCAACCGCUACGUGCGCUACAGCACGCAGGGCUACGAACCCCCCUACCCCACCCGCCGCCGUUACCUCAACGACCUCGCCCACCGAUUCUCGCUGGACCCCGACCCCCCUGCCCUCCUCGCUGAAGUCGUGUAUCCCACGCCCGACCGCGCCUACCUGCAUCCUCCCGCCGCAUCCUCCCCUCUCCCCACCGCCUCCCCUUCUGACUCCUCCCCGGCCACCUCCUCCGCCAUCACCAUCGCAGCGGCAAGUGGCGUAACGCCUUCCUGA